UCCAUUUGCCUCAGUCUUGCUCGGACGUCGCAUUAAUACGACGCGUACCUCGCGGCCUCGUGACUCUCGACAACUCUCGCGGCGAAAAUAGUGAGCUCGAACCGGGAGCUGCUCUGUAGCUGGUGUGAGGACCAGUGGCAGGUGCCGGCGAUGGUACCCGCUCUGGUGAUGGUGCUGUUGGCCCUGGGCACUCUGGGGCCCACGGCGGCGCGCCGACACGCUCCUGAUCUCCGCGAAGAUGAACCCGCCAGGCGAACCACUAGGCCGGCUGAAUGUCAAUUUGGCAAGCAAGCUAAAGAAUUAGGAUCGACUUGGUUCGCUGAUCUUGGCCCACCUUUUGGCGUAAUGUACUGCAUCAAAUGUGAGUGUAUACCGGUACAAAAGAAGAGGAGAGUUGUUGCAAAGGUGCACUGUCGGAAUAUCAAAAAUGAGUGCCCAGAACCAUCAUGUGAUUCACCUGUUUUGCUGCCAGGAAGGUGCUGCAAGACCUGUCCAGAAGACGUUAAUUCUCCAGAUAUUGUACAAGAAGAUAGCGCUCCGGUGGUGAUAGCUCAAGAAGAGGAAGAAUUGUUAAGCAUGAAACAUUUUGGAGCACUUCUAACUGGGAGAUCCCCGCUGUGCAUUCGUCGAGAUGAUAUGACAGGAGUACCAGUCACCGCUGGAGUGGCCACGGCCCGUUUCACUUUCCGUCGACGUCAUCUCUUCUGGUCUGUUCUGCUCGGGCCUUCAAUGGUUCUGCAACCGCGGUCUCUCGCAUUCCUCGAUAAAGGUGGACGAAUGCUUCUAGAACAGCCAAUAAAGAAAGCACCGGGAAUCCAUGCGACUUACGAGGAAAAAACUGAUAAGCUGUGUGGUGUUUGGCGAAGAGUACCAAAAGAGUACAAGCGGUUAUUGAGAGAAGGUUCUUUAUAUGUCGCGCUGAUUUGGGGAGACGAGAAGAACAAUUCCAUGGAUAGUGCCCUGAGUGGACGAAUUAAUAGAUACCCAGCUUUAGCGACUGAAAUGUUUACAUCGCUGCUAGAGCCAGAUCAUGUACCAGCAUCGAUAGGCAAUGGUGCCUGUGAUGAUUAUCGAGUACCUGGCGAGGAGGAAGGCUGGUGGGGAGGCACUGCGGUGGUGACGGGAGCAGCGGGGGCUGCUCCCAGCUUACACCUGGCUAUUGUCUUCAACGGGAUAUUCAAGCCUGCUUCUAGAGAUCAAGCAAUACGAGUUUUGCUUACCUUGCCUGAGAAAAAUCAGACCAUUAUUGAUGAGAUUCAGAAGCUAAACAAACCCAGUUACGAAUUUAACGUGAUCGAGGUGUCAACCCCUGUGUCUGCGGCUGAGUUGAGAUCAUUAGCACGAGGGCGACUGCUUCUAGCUGUGGAGUCAAUGGGAACACCUGAGAGACGAAUAUCUGGUGUAGUCAGACAGAGAGCAGCCUGUGAAGUGUUCCAUGCUCCAUUGAUGGCUGAGAGACCCCCUGCUUCUCCGGCACCUGAGGGAUUGGCAUUACUUUAUAUUGAUAAAGAUGGAUCGUUGGUUUAUGAUAUACAGAUCGAUAACAUGGUGCUGACAGAUCCCAAAAUAACGCUAGUAGAAGAGCAGGGGAAGCGGCAUUCUCAAGUUGAGAUACUGGAUACACGCGUUGGAGUACUGGCCAGACCAAGUGCAAGAAUAUUUCCUCCUCUCUAUGAUGACCAGCUGGCUGUACACAUCGGAUCUGAUACUGGUCCCCCAAUCCUACGCGGUCGUCUCCUCUCACGUUCUCUGCCUGACGCAGCGAGCGCCGGUCCAGCUCUGCUACGAAGAACUGAUGCAAGGAUGCCAGCUACCCUUACUCCUGUCGCUGGCUUGGCUUGGGUCUCAGUCGAUGCACUUUGUGGAUUGAAUUACGAAAUAGUUUUAAAUGGAUACAAUGGAGCCUGGUCUACGUGGCUAGAGAGUCAUGCCAUUGGAAAUAAUGGACCACGAUCUCUGCCCGGUAUCGAAGGCACGGUCUUGGAGCCGACUCCAGCUGAGAUGGCAGCUUUGAACGCCGGCGCUUCAUAUCUAAACAUACGCACAUCGGAAAAUGGGACAGAGUUCUUGCGUACGCGACUACCACAGAUAAGCAUACCGCCAACUUGUCUCGGAAAUGGUGUGCAAUACUCCGUGUACAACGAGCCUAAUGUGAACUAUCCUCCAGCACAAACCGGCUCACCAGACAAUACGCUCACUAAUACUGCAUCAUGCUUUUAUGCUGGAAAGUCUUAUGAAGAUGGCACCCAUUGGAUCGCUGCUGAGUCAUGCCUGAUGUGCGGAUGCGUUCAUGGAGUUUUGAGAUGUGAUCCAAUAAGAUGUCCACCUGUAGACUGCGCUGUUCCCCCAAUACAACCACCUGGGCAAUGCUGUCCCAUUUGUACUAACUCCACAACUGCUGUUUGGAAUGAAUCCCAUGGUUGUCUAUUGGCUGGUCAGUACCACGCGCCCGGAUCAUCCUGGCAUCCGUACCUGGUGCCAGGUGGAUACGACACAUGUGCAAUCUGCACCUGUGAGUUCUCCACCAGACAAGUCAAGUGUCCAAGAGUUCGCUGCCCUCCACUAAGAUGUGCUGAAAAAGAUGCGUACAGACCGGACAAGAAAUCGUGUUGCAGAGUUUGUCCCGAGGUGAAGGCCAAAAAGGCUGAAGAAGAAACACUGAAAGAUCAAGGUACACCACGCACCGCUGAGGAAAUAUUGGCUGAGGGUGGAUGCAAGUUUCCGGACGGGCCCUUACCUAACGGAAAAGAAGUGCAUCCGUCUAUACAUUCACAUGGUGAACAAAGAUGUGUCACAUGCAGAUGCAAGGAUGGCGAAGUGACAUGCGUUAGGAAGCGAUGUGGACGAGCGGCUUGCGCGCGGAGACGCCGAGGCGAUGCUUGCUGUGCGUGUACACGUCACCGCCGCCAGCGGGCGCCACGUCCGCCCAGCUGAACUCACCGGUGUGCAACCAGCUUUAUACUCAGUGACUACUCAGUGUAGUGUACUGUGACACUACAGUUGAAUGUGUGCGCGAUAUAGACUCAGUGUACGUAGCAGUAGACGUGUAACGAUAAGAAAAUGAAAAAUAUAUUUACGAUAUGAACACUCAAUUUAUAACUUUUGUAGAAGAGCUAAGAGUUAUAUUUUACUAGCGGCGUUUGUUAAAUAUUAAAAACGUGUAGAUAUUAACAUUCACCGCACAAUUUACGUAUUUUGAGCAAGGUAGCUUGUGUUUUAGUAUUCUAUUCGUAUUUUAAAAAUUCUCAAUAUAAAAUUUUAUUUUAAUCUGAUUUAUUUAAGAAAAUGAGUAUACCUAUCUAUAAAGUGACAGUGUGAAGCAUUUUUCGAUGUUAUUAACCUUUUCAUAUUUUAGCCAUUAUGGCCCACUCUAUAGCUUUGCUUUUGUUACAUGAUCCGAAUAUGAAUUCCUUAUAUAUGUAAAUUAUAUCGUUGUGAGUAUUGCGAGUGUGUAGUCGCUUUUAUUGAGAGUUAUGUGUACGUAGCUUUAUGUUGUGUCUUAAGUUGUUUAUGUGUAAGGUGCGUUAGACUGAAUGAACCACGCACCAAGUGUGACUAAACAUUUUAGUACAAUAGUAGAUAUUCUUCCGAAAUGCUGAUGUAACUGUACGAGAUGUGAUUCGAAUAUUUAAUGUAACUCUUCGAAAUUCGACUGCUGCGGCAAUAUUAUCGAUAAGUUCGAGAUGUUAGCGUAUUUCGUUAAAUUUUUCAAAAAUUUUCAGUGUUUUCUUUAGGUACAUAGGUCAUCAGUACAGUAAGUCGGCAAAAUAAAGGUGUCUUCACAAUAGCGGCACUGCCGUGCGGUGUUCUAUCUUUGCUCUUACCCUUUAAUGUACUUCCCACCGUUGUAUAGUAAUUGGUAUUGGAUCAAAAAACUGUAGGCGUACCGAUUGGCCCUGUGAUGUAAGCGAUGAUAAUUAAUCGUUUAUUGAGUAACUUAUUCAACGAAAUUUAAAUAGGGGCCCCGUUUACUUGAAAAAAGAUCCAAUUGUUUUGAGUUUUCUUUAGUGUUAAUUCCGCCAAUAUUUGUCUUUAAACAAUUAGACAUGUGUUUUGCCUCUACACGAGGCAUCCUCAGGACAUGUUGACUAGCCAAAAUCUAGCACGAGCCUCACUAAGUCAGAGGCGAUACACAUGUCAAUUUUUUUUGAAGACAAAUAUUGGCGGAAUUAACUCUUAAGAAAACUUAAAACAUUUGGAUAAUUAUGGAUUUCCUCAAAGUAACGCCGCCUACUUCAAUAAUUUUUAUAUUGAAAAUAGAUACUUUUCUGUUAUCAAUUAAAUACUUCCACUUAAAUUGAAUACGAAUUCACUAAAAGAUAAGACAUUGUCAUUCGCAAGGGCAUUUUGUUGCGCUGAAUCGAUGUUAAGAUGUGCCAUAUUUAAUGUAAAUAAUAAAUUAUUAACUUUAUUUUACUCCUGUGCAUAUUUAUUAAGACUAAUAUCACGGCGAAUCAAUACAGCUUUCAUCAUCACAUAUUAAGUCUUAAUUUAUUGUGCAUUUCGCUUUUAGUUUCGUUUACGAGUUAAACGCUAAACGUUAAAUAACGUUAAAAAACGUUAAACGUUAAAUAUUACCGUAUUUAAUCUGUGUUAAUGUUUAGUCUAAGUAUUAUACGAAUGUUGGCCAGAACGUGUAUAUAGUAUGUAUUUUCUACUUAAGUUAAUGAUAUUAUAUACCUACAUUACUAUAGGUACCUACAAUUUAAGUAUGGAUAUAGGACGACGUAUGAAAGAGAGACUAGUUUUUUUAAUCUGUUGUAAGUAUUGAUUAACAAAUGCCAAACCUUAGGGUGAACAAAUAAUUUUGAUCAUUAAUUUAAUAAUGAUUAAAGUCGUAAAAUAUGUAUUUGAUGUAUUAAAAAGUUUGUUUAAUACGGCACUUAUCAUCUAUGUUCUCUUGUCGUGGAAGUCUUCUUUAGCAGACUUGGUUAAUAACUCAUUGAUAUAGAUCCGUUUGCAACCACCAGGUGGCUUACACAGUUUUUAUACAAAUAUAAUACAGAUGAAAUUGGUAUUGAAAUUGGACGUAGUUCCUGAAAAACGUUCCAAGCCACAAACAUCACAUUUUAAGGAAUUUGUCAUUUUAUUAUAUAGUGACAGUAGGGCUGCCAUUUUUUGUCAGUCCGUUAAUAUGAACGUGACCAGUUUUGUGUUCUUAACUCAAUUUUAAUAUGAUUGUGGUUUGGAACGUUUUUCUGGAAUUACGUCCAAUUUAUAAAUAAAAAUGAAUACUUCUUGGUUCACAUAGUUUUAACGCCACUCAUCACCCAUAUAGCAUAUGUUAAUCAAUUACUAUAUGUUUUAUAGUAUCGUGAUUAAGGAAGCUAGUCGAAUCAUGAGUGAUGAAUGCCGUCUGCUUUGAAAUUAUCUACUUAUUAGAUAACAGUUUUGCGAUACGAAUUUUUAUUGAUGAACAUUGCCAAAAUAAUGUCAAAUUUGUAUAAUAUUGCAUUCAUUGUGGGUUCUAGUCCAACAAAAUUAUCUUAGCUACUUACAUUAUCUAUUUACAGUGCUUUGGAUAACACAUACAACAUAUUUAUGUACGUUAUUAUAAGAAUACAUUUGCGAAUUUCCCUUAAAAAAUGCUUUAUAUUUUUAUGAUAAUCUAAUGUAUUGAUUAUUAAUUGGACGUAGUUCCUGAAAAAUGUUAAACAUUUUAAGGAAUUUGUGUUUAAAGUUUAAUAAAUAUUAUUGUAUUCCAUACAUAUAUAUGGGUCGAGCAAGUCAUGAUUUCAUUUCAAGUACAUGACUACAAUGACAGUAGGGCUGCUACUUUUAUUCAGUCCGUUAAUAUGAAUCACGUGACCAGUUUUGUGUCGUUUUUCUGGAAUUACGUCCAAUUGCUAAUAAAAUCGUAAAUAACUACACUACUAACAAAAUAAAAGUUAUUAAAGUCCCGCCGUCGCAGGUCGCUCGUGUGAGACUACCCUAAUAGACCCGACAUACAAAGCACUGUACGUUUUUCUAUAUUGAUAAUAUCAUUAAAAUUUAAUAAUUUGGAUUUAUUAUUUUAAUUAUCUAACAAGUAGAGUAAUCCAAUGGCUUGCUAGUAACAAAACUAAUAGCCAUGAGGGGUACUAUGAUAAUGCUUUAAAUGCAUCGUUUUAUGUUUUAACUGUAAUUCUUCCUAAAUUGUAAAACAGGAAGAAUAAUAAUAUUGAUAAUUAUUUCUUUGUAUAAAAUACAUAUCAAAUUGUAAAUUAUUCCCGAAACUUCAAUAGUUUAGGCACUAUAUUAUGUAAAACCUCAUACAGAUUUUAGUAUGCAGAAAUAAAUAUCUUGUCCAACCUAUAA